GGCGGCGUCCUGGACUGGUUCCUGGGCGGCCUGGGGUGGGGCCCCUUGGGCUGAAGGAAAUUACGUUUUUCUUUAGUUGAAGCAAACAGCGGUCUCAGCUCCCUUUCGCAGGCCCCUGUCUGUCUGAUGAGGGACUAUGCGAGGAGCCCAUGGCCCUGACCUUGCCCUUGCGCCUCUCUUUGUGUUCUCAGCGUUCCUCCUCCGGGGUGCUGGAGGUGAGGGUCUCGAACUCGACCAGCAUAAACUUGCCCAGGGAUCGGGGAAAGACCCAAGAGCGUCUGUUUAAUAGGCAAUAGAAAAGGCACAAGAGAGGAGGAACAGCACAGCAUGCUGGGCUCUGGAUUUAAAGCUGAGCGUUUACGAGUCAAUUUGAGAUUAGUCAUAAACCGUCUUAAACUACUGGAGAAGAAAAAAACGGAACUGGCCCAGAAAGCAAGGAAAGAGAUUGCUGACUAUCUGGCUGCUGGGAAGGAUGAACGAGCUCGGAUCCGAGUGGAGCACAUUAUACGCGAAGACUACCUCGUGGAGGCCAUGGAGAUCCUGGAGCUGUACUGCGACCUGCUGCUGGCCCGGUUUGGCCUCAUUCAGUCUAUGAAGGAGCUAGAUUCUGGUCUGGCCGAAUCUGUGUCUACACUUAUCUGGGCUGCUCCUCGACUCCAGUCAGAAGUGGCGGAGUUGAAAAUAGUUGCUGAUCAGCUUUGCGCCAAGUAUAGCAAGGAAUAUGGCAAGUUAUGUAGAACCAACCAGAUUGGAACUGUGAAUGACAGGCUAAUGCACAAACUGAGUGUGGAAGCUCCACCUAAAAUCCUGGUGGAGAGAUACCUGAUUGAAAUUGCCAAGAACUACAAUGUGCCCUAUGAACCUGACUCUGUGGUCAUGGCAGAAGCUCCCCCUGGAGUAGAGACCGACCUUAUUGAUGUUGGAUUCACAGAUGAUGUGAAGAAAGGGGGCCCUGGAAGAGGAGGUGGUGGGGGCGGGUUCACUGCCCCGGUCGGUGGACCUGACGGAGCGGUGCCCAUGCCCAUGCCCAUGCCCAUGCCCUCGCCAAGUACUCCUUUCUCAUACCCUCUCCCAAAGGGGCCGUCGGAUUUCAAUGGAUUGCCAAUGGGGACUUUCCAGGCCUUUCCCAAUAUUCAUCCACCUCAGAUACCAGCCGUUCCCCCCUCAUAUGAAUCUGUUGAUGACAGUAAUGCUGAUAAGACUGUCUCUUCUGUCUCUUCUGCACAGAUUGUUGGUCCUGGACCUAAGCCAGAAGUCUCUGCAAAGCCCCCUUCCCGACCUGUGGACACCUAUGACAACUUUGUACUACCAGAGUUGCCGUCUGUGCCAGAUACACUACCAUCUGCUGGUGCCACCACCUCAGCAUCUGAGGACAUUGACUUUGACGAUCUUUCCCGGAGAUUUGAAGAGUUGAAAAAGAAAACAUAGGUCUCUUAAACCAGACAACAGUUACGGGAGUUGAGACUGAAGACUUUCUCCUUGUAACAAAGAAUCUCCAUGGAAUUCUGUUUCAUCUCUUAACCAUCACUGAGCACACUCUUCUAUGGGCUCUUCCUGUUCUACCAAAUUGUGCUGCUUGCCAGUUCUUUGUUGUUCCUAACAGACAAACCACUGGAGACACUAUGAGACCAGACCAGCUGAGUCCUGUAAGCCCUGCCUGUUUCCUGACAGUGUGACCCCAGGUUCUCUCUUUACCUGUCCCACAAAGCAUUGUGGGGAGAGCUUACAAAGAUGGCUGGGCUGUGGAAGAAAGUAUCCCAGUCCUAGGCUGAGGUUCUAGAGUUGAGUUAGAAACAAACGCAGCUUUACAGAGGCAUUUGUGGUGAGAGAGAAAAUGACUCAGGAAGCUACUGUAAUGGUUCUUGGGAGCUGGGUCCUGUCAUUGGCAUAUACACUACUUGCUGCAGGGCAGUGUUCCACCCUGAUCCAGUUGUAAAGUUGAAGGCCUCUCAGUUCUGCUGGAUUUACAGGGAGCCCUUUGUGGCCUUUUGCUUUGAGUGCUGUGUUUCCCUUUUUACAGAGGACAGCACUGUGUAAAUUCCUGUUUUCCCCAUAGCAUGUUCUGUUGGACCGCGUUACUGAGGCAGGACAGGCCACGCAUUGAACAGAAGUUACCAUUUAAGAUGAAGGUGGGCUUCCAGUUGCCUUAAUAGAAGUAUUCAAGUCUUUUGAAUAGUGAGCUGGAAAGCCUACAGGAGGAUGGGUUCCUGUUUUCAUUUGAAAACUUUGAUUUAAGGAGAACCUUUUAAAAACUGAUCUCAUAAAUUUUGGUGCCCAUGUGGCUGUGGUUUCCUGCUUUCCUUGAUGGACAAGACUGUUGUUAUGUUGUAACUAACCUGCUCCUUUCCUCCUUAACUAAGGCCAUCUUUUCCCACAGGGAUGGUUUUGGGAUCAGAAGAUACAACUUUGGCUUCUGUGUAGUGUUAUCUGUAUAUACCUGUUUCAAGUAACUCUUCCUUAAUGUUUUUGAUUGGUUUGUGUCUCAUAGUUCAGUAGCUGAUAAUAAAGUUAAAAAUUCUGUGCCCUGCUUUCUCCACUGGUUUGAUCAAGUGAUGAGCUGUGGAUUUUAGUGGAGAGUAUUUUUA